CUCCGUCCCAGGGCACUUCCCCACCCCACCCCGCUCCCUUCCAACUCCAGUUCCGACCCCCACCCCCCGCCACCCCCCCUCGGUUUCUAAAGCUUUCUACUGCUUUAUAUCAUCGAAGAGAAAGAGAGGGAUGUCGUUGGGGAAGCGGCCGAGACGUCCGAUGACGAGGACGACGAGCAUGACGGAGUUGGCGGGGGAGAUCUUCGCCGACGUGCAGGUUCUCCAGCCGUUAGAUCAGGAGAGAGCCCACCAAGGCCACCAGAGGUACCGGCAGAGAGCGGCGGCGGCGGCGGCGGCGAAGGCGAAGGCGGACGGCGGAGGGGGAAAGAGGACGUACGGCGGUAGCGCUGGGGUGGAGGGGCUGGAGACGCGGUACCUCGAAGCGAUGGUGGCCCCCUGGAGCACCGGCAACCGCAGGAACUCCGGCGACUUUGGGGUGGUGGAAGUCGCCUCCUUCUUGAAGGCGUGCAGCCUCUGCAAGCGCCGCCUCGGCCCCGGCCGCGACACCUUCAUGUAUAGGGGUGACAUUGCCUUCUGUAGCCUCGAGUGCCGGCAGCAGCAGAUGAAUCUAGAUGAGAGGAAGGAGAAGUGCUCCCUAACUUCCAUGAAGGACACUCCCACUCCCGCCACCGGCAGCUCCGAGCAGUCGACCGCCGCUUGAGCUCAAUCCCCAUCCUUUCCAAUGGAAUUUGGAAAGCUUGCAGUUAUAUAUAUGUAGUACAUUAUGGCAAAGGAAAUAGAUGUAGUUGGGUUUUAUAGUUUUCAAUCAUCAUUGCUGUUAUUAGAGAACAUGUUAUGAAAGAGCUGAUGCAAUUGCCAACUUAUAUCUUUUCCUUUUUCCUUCCUUUUUUUCUUUUUUCGAUCUUAUUGAUGAGAAGGAAUUGAAGACCCUACACAUGUUUGUGGCUCUGUUUAUUCCUGCGGUAUAUAUGUUUACAACUUGUGAAUUAUCAAAUCAAAUGGCUGUUUUUGGCUUCUGAUUCAAGUAUACUUCUCAUACGAGUCCGGUGAUUCCCCAUCUCUCUUGUGGUUCCUACUAGUCUUCGGCCUUGGAAGGAGAGAAUGGCGCACAAGCUUUCGGUGACAAAAGAUGCGAAACCGUCCAUUCUCUUUUUCUGAAGGACUUUGUUGUUUUCUGGGACCAGCCUUUGUUCGAAAAAGCGUGGAAGAUUGGAGACUACAUGCACACAGUCCCGCUAACUUGUUCUGCUGGCUGAUGGCUACAGCUACGACAGGGUUUUUGGUGUAGGUUCCAUCAUGUAUUACUAUGAUAAUUUUUAGAUUGCCAAUUGGUUAGCACUUCUCUUCCGCUAAGAAGUUCUGUACUUAAAUUUGCAUCGUUAUAUUGUCACCAUUUUUUUUUUUUAAUAAUAUGCUUGAGAGAUUUAUUGAUCUUUCUUUUGUUCA